AAACUGGCGGGCAACCUGGCUCAGUCCUCCGGCAGCGGUGGCGGCGGUGGCGGCGGUGGCGGGCGAACCGGAGGUAGUGGUAGCGCCGGAACUGCCGGUGGCGGCGGCGGCGGCGGCGGUGGCGCGGCUUCGAGGAGCACGGGGGCGGCCAGGGCCGCUGCCGAACCUGGAAUUGUUAACGGCGCCGCGGACGAGGCCGCCGGACCCGCUGGUGGACAUUUAAUCGAAUGGGAAGAGACUGAUCGCUUCUCCUUCGAUGAUUCCGAUCGCUUCGAGGAGGACUCCCUGUGCAGCUUCAGCAGCGAGCCUGAAUCGUUGUGCAACAAUUGGCGAGGAUGGAAACGCAUCACGGCGACCUUCGGCCUCUCCAAGAAGUACUGCGAAGAUGGACAACAACCGGUACCGACCCUUUGCGAACUUGCGGCGCGCUGCGUUGCAUCUCAUAUUCCCUUCGAGUUGGUGGAACAUUUCUAUCCUCCUGUGCCGGAGCAGCUUCAGCUGAGAAUAGCCUUCUGGAGCUUUCCCGAUAACGAAGAGGACAUACGGCUUUACUCAUGUCUGGCAAAUGGCAGCGCCGACGAAUUCGUUCGUGGCGAGAACCUCUAUCGCUCCAAGAGCAUCAAGGAACCUCUGCAGAUCGGAUUCCAUCUGAGUGCCAGCGUAAACGCGCAAAUGAGCGGUGUCAGAGCUCAGUUCAAUGUUGCUGUAACAUUCGACCGACGCAAGAUCACAUCAUGCAACUGCACCUGCUCAUCGACGGCCUAUUGGUGCGCACACGUGGUAGCUGUUUGUCUGCACAGGAUACAUAUGCCAACACAAGUAUGCCUGAGGGCGCCAGUCAGCGAAUCCUUGUCUCGAUUGCAUCGGGAGCAACUGCAAAAGUUUGCCCAGUAUCUCAUCAGCGAGCUGCCGCAGCAAAUUCUGCCUACCGCGCAACGACUCCUGGACGAGUUGUUGUCGACCCAACCGAGCGCCAUUAAUAGUCUCUGCGGUGCUCCCGAUCCGACUGCUGGCGCUUCCGCACACGAUCAGACAUCCUGGUACUUAGACGAAAAGACGCUGCACGAUAACAUCAAGAAGAUACUUAUCAAGUUUUGCGUUCCCGCUCCUAUAGUCUUCAGCGAUGUUAAUUAUCUGAGUAGCACUGCACCUCCCGCUGCUUCCGAGUGGACGUCAUUGCUGCGACCACUGAGAGGCAGGGAGCCGGAGGGCAUGUGGAAUCUUCUCUCCAUCGUGCGCGAGAUGUUCAAGAGGAAUGACCGCAACGCCGUGCCCCUCUUGGAAAUCAUCACGGAGGAGUGCAUGGCCUGCGAGCAGAUCCUCGUUUGGUGGUUCAACACAAAAGUCGCGUUACUGAACGGCACCGGAUACGGCGGCAAGCACAGCAUGAACAGCAACGUACACGCCUCCCAGCACGCGUGCUCCUCUCUGUGCGACGAGAUCGUCGUUCUCUGGCGAUUGGCCGCACUCAAUCCUGGUCUCUCGCCGUCCGAGCGCGAGAUGCUGCACGCUCAAUUCAUGUCCUGGCACUUGAAGAUCAUAGAUAAAGUGGCCAAGUGCCGUGGUAGUUCCAUGCCGCACAACUCGCAUAAUAAAGGUAACAGCUCGCAAAAGGAUUCUCUGAAGCACGAUCUCGCGCUUUUCACUGGAUUUAAGUCUGCGCUCGAAGCUUGCUAUCUCGAUUGGGACGAAUACGUCCUGCCUGGAAUUACGUAUACCGCCGAGAACAAUCCCAUGUAUCACUGUCCUUUUACAUGCUUUCGGCAUAUCGGCGAUAUGAGGUCGGAAGUCAAUCAAGUAAAUUCCAGUUCCGCGGUACUGAAUUAUCAACCACCCAUUUCGCAUCAUCAUCAUCACAGUCGACGGCCGCUGAAUGCCGAGUUCAGCUACUUGGACAGACGGCGGCUGAAUCCGCGUGAAUUCCAUUCAAUGUGCUCGAGAAGUGGCGACGGAAAUCGUAGCAGCGUUAGCUCCGAAGGUUUCUGCGAGAAUGACACCGACAUUCCUGAUAUCUCUGAGUCUCAGGUUGUUCUUAGACAAGGUUGUGCUCAAUUAAAUAAUUGCGGCGACACCGAUUCGCAGGAAGGGGCUGGUAGCGAGUCAUCUUCCAACAGUAACGUUAGCCUGAAGAACGCUCAAGGCUCGGACAAGCAUCGCUCAAACACCUCGUCCGAGACACAUAGUGAUAGUAGUGAUAGUAGUAAUAACAAAGCUGCCUGCGAGGACGCAAAGUGCAGUAGGACGAAUCUUGUGGAGUGCCGUGACAAGUCGCGCAUGGUCGUAUUCAAGGGCGUUAAUCUUAAGAACGAACAGGAAUCCGAUCAGGAGAAGGAAGCCGGGAGACCGUUCAAGGACGAGAGCUACUCGUCCAGCAGUGACAGUCCCUCCGGUGACGAGUACCACGUUUACUAUUACGAUCCGAAAACCGUAGCCAACAGUAGCGGUUUGCCGAACAAAUACGUCAAAAGCAAUACGCACGCCACUACUCCGGAUGCCAACGCAGUUCUAAAUAAUUUGAAGAAGACGGAGGAUCCAUGGGACAUUCUAUUUGCGCGAGCGGAGGGACUUUACGCUCACGGUCACACGAGAGAAGCCUGCAUUAUUGGGAUACAACUCGCCGAGGAACUCCUGGCCAAUCCACCCGACCUUAUGAUCGAGGGACCGCCGGUACCAGUGAAGAACAAACGAAAGCGGCAACAUGUGAAUCCGGCCUCUCACCAGGUAACGUGCCUCGCGUCAGCGACUUUAGCGAAAUGCGGAUUCCUCUGCACGGUGCUUGCCGAGAAUCCAGAGUAUCACAACUUGGCGUUUCGUGUCGGUCUCUUUGGUUUAGAGAUGGCGAGACCACCGGCUAACACUAAACCACUAGAGGUGAAGCUUGCUCAUCAAGAGAGCGAGUUGGUAGGUUUGCUGAAGAGAAUCCCACUAGGACCGACCGAGUUAGCCAUGAUAAAACAAAGAGCUGAACAACUGAGAGACGGAGUCAUGAGAUCCAGGGGACAUGCUCUUUUGCCCAUCAUGCUGGCUAGUUUCAUAUACGACGCCCUUGAUGUACCAAGAGGGAAAUUGCCAGCCGAGAUUGAUCCGAAUCUCGGAUUCGAUGCUGCUGUGGCUGUAUUGGGUUUAAAAGCGAACGUCAGUGAAGCUGAUCAUCCUCUUCUUUGCGAAGGAACUCGUCGACAGAGAGGAGAUUUGGCAAUUACAUUGCUGAUGCAUUACAAGGACGAUCCUGUAAAAUUAGCCAGAAUUAUGGACAAAUUGCUCGACCGAGACGUUCAUCAACUCAUCAAAUCACCCAUUUUGAGUAGUUAUUACACAUCAAAUCCUCCCACUAAGAGUGAGUUAACGCGGUUUGUUCAUGAUGAGGAAUGUUCAUCUUCCCUCGCUGGGACAGACAACGGCGAUAAUAUUGUCGGUACUAGCAGCAGACCGCAUAGCAGUACGAGCGCGGAACUGGAGAGCGGUAUGAACGCAUUGACUUUGCAGCCGCCGAUUGUUCAGCCACCUGUGCCUAUUAGAACUAAAGAAACACGAUAUAAGAGUAAAAGGGUGUAUCCAUCUAUUCCUAAUCAACCGUCGGAAGCGAGCGCACACUUCAUGUGUGAAUUAUCGAAAACCAUCCUACUGAAGGCUGGUGGCAACAGCUCAACUUCGUUAUUCACUCAGCCAUCCACCAGUCAGAAUCACCACGGCCCGCACCGAGCGCUUCACAUGUGCGCCUUCCAGCUUGGUUUAUACGCUCUCGGUCUUCAUAAUUGCGUCAGUCCAAAUUGGCUCAGUCGUACGUACUCGAGUCACGUAUCGUGGAUAACCGGCCAGGCAAUGGAAAUCGGAGCGCCAGCCAUCUGGUUCCUCAUCGACAGCUGGGAGGGUCAUCUAACACCACCAGAGGCUGUCAGUAUAGCUGAUAAAUCCUCGAGAGGUAGCGAUCCGAACAUGGUCAGGGCGGCGGCGGAGCUCGCUUUGUCUUGCCUGCCGCAUGCACAUGCGCUCAAUCCUAAUGAAAUUCAGAGAGCUAUAUCUCAAUGCAAGGAACAGAGUGAAGCAAUGCUGGAGAAAGCUUGCAUCAUGGUGGAAAAUACCGCGAAGGGUGGCGGUGUUUAUCCAGAAGUGCUUUUUCAAGUGGCGAAGUAUUGGUACGAGUUGUACCUUCGGCAAAUGCCUGGUGGUGCUGAUCAGCAAGACGAGGUUCCUCAUGACUCGCUGCAGCUGGAUCUCAAUGGGGUAUUGCUAGUCGAACCGGGACCUUCCGUAGACUUGUCAAAUACUCAAAUGAUGCCCGGCCCGACACAAACGGUAGUUGUCACCAGCACACAGCCGCCUCCUCAGCCCUACACUCAUCCGACAAUUACAACUUUGGCUCCUUUGGGAGUCAGCAUUGGACCGUACGCCGUAGGCCCGUACAGUUUCGUACAUCCUCAUCAUUCAAUUGCUACGUUCAGCGGUCCGAUGCCCUCACACAGAGUCACUCUACCGCCCGCGCCGCACAUGCAAAUGUAUCACCCGUUCCCGCAUCAUCAUCCCGGACAUCCUCAGCAUCCCCAACAUUCUCAACAUCCUCAGCAUCCACAGCAUCCUCAACACCCGCAGCAUCCGCAACAUCCACAUCAUCCGACUCCGGCUGCUCCACCACCGCCCGGACCGUAUUACGCGCCGCAGCCACCGACACCAGGCACUCAUCACUUGUACACGAUGCAGCAACCUAUGCCGGUGCAAGCAGGUGUAGCGGGUCCUAUCCCUGGACAAAGUAACUUGCCUGGACCAGCACUGGUUCAAACGCAGCCUAUAAUAUCGACAGUGAGGCCUCAACCUCAUCAGGUGCAUAGGCAGAAUCAUACGUUUAAUCAACAGCAAUUCCGGACUCUCGUCUCUGCGUAUCGCGUGGGUAUGCUGGCGUUGGAAACUCUGGCACGUCGAGUGCACGAUGAUCGUCCUCAGGCUAAAUACGCGCGGAAUCCACCUUACGGUGAAGAUGUGAAAUUUUUGCUCAGAGUAGCGAAACGACUCGGUACGCAGUACAUGCAUCAACUUUGCAUCUGUGCCGUGAACAGCAUCGUCAGUCCCUUUGUCCUUCAUCAUGUUGCUUUGGAGGCGGCUCAGUAUCUGGCUAGAAACAACCCGACGCUCAUCGUACAGCAUUUAAGAUCUGCUUUAUUGGCACCGCUGGUACACAAGUGCCAACAAAUGUACAUCCAAUGCAUGCAUCAAAAACUAUAUCACUUGACGGCUGCUGAUUACGAAGAAUUCGCGAGUAUUGUUUGCGCGGCUAGGGCAGCCUUCCAGAUCAAUCCCGAAGGGAACAAUCAGUUUAAGGAGUGGCUACAAUCGAUUAAAAGAUCUCAGUCUUGUAACAAAGAGUUGUGGGCACAAAUCAACGCGGCGCUACAACAGACCAGCAAAUGACAUAGAGCGGAGCCAGGCGUGACGUGGCUCACCUCCCUACCUCGUCCUCAACCACCCCCGCCGCCCCCACCACCGACAAGAACAACCCUCGUGUUACAGCACCAACACUCCUGUCAUCCCCAUCCACAGAGCGUCGUAUGCGUUCACGAGCUGGCCGCAGUCAACAAGCUCCCAUGGGACAAGAUCUCUAUACCGUACAUCAUCGAGGAACGAGCAGCGCAUCAACUGCCGUCUCAUCAACAUCAGAUGAUCGCCGGUCUACCACCGGCUGGACCAUUCGCAUGGCAGGAGCCGACCGAUCGUAGCCGUGGUUCUCAGGGGAUCAAUACCAGAGACGAGCGAGAUAUAUCUUAAGUUUAGUUAAAAACUUUGUCUAGGAACGCGUGGAUACUUUAGUUGAGAACGAUUGGAACGAUGACGACGUAUAAGUUAGAUUAGAUACGAAUAAAAUGAAAAAAAUAGUAUGUGUAAGAGCUCUUACGUUAAGUUUUACAUAUACACAUCAUGCUCGCACGUAUGAGAUCUGUCUAGAGAGAGAGAGAAGAUCGAGUGCACUGAUCUUAACAUCUUAUGCGUAAAGGGAUACGAGUAUAUUGUAUUAACACAGCCAUGAAUCAAAAUUCAUGUUCUGACUGUGAGUCAUAUCGGACGCGCAACCGCGAAUCAUCCAUUACGCGGUGACAUUUCUUUAGAUUAAGUUGCCUGUUGACAAACGAGAAAUGCAUCUGACAAUGCAUUUUGUAGCUUGUCUUUCGAUUUGUUUUUUCAUUUGAAUUUUUCUGGUAUGUUUCAAAUAGUUGAUUACAGUCAUUGUUCUUUAGAAACUUGCGUGUUAUAUAUAUUUGCAAACGCAUAGAAAGUGAGAAAGGAAUGUUGCUCUUAGCGCACUAUAAAACUAUUAAAAGAGUUUGAUAAAUUCUUAUUGGAAGAUAUAAUUUUAUUAGUAAAGCAAAGUUAAGUCUAUUUAUAAAUAUUUAUUAAAAAUUAAUAUAUAUGUGAACAAUUAUAUAUAUGCGAACAAUUAUAUAUAUGUGAACAAUUUAAGUUAUAAAUCCAAAUUACCAAAUUAUUUUUCAUUAUCAUUGAUUAUAAAGAGAAUAGGUGAAGAGCUAUAUUUUUUAAACAUUCUUUUAUGCUUUGAAAUAUAUACAAGACACGUAAGUUUUCAAGAAAAUCAGUGCCGGGAGCUGCAUAUGUGUAUUCGCACUGCUCUUUGAAAAGAGGAGAAGCGAUAGAAGAAAUAAAGAGAAAAAAGUAAAUAAAAAGAAAAA